ACAUGUUUAUUUACUUUAAGGUGCAUGAGGCUGAAACAACUGCGCAGAUGAAAUUUGAUAAAUUUUGUGAUAAAACUCGAGCCAAACCCUGGCCUAUAAUUCCAUUUAGAAUCAAAUAAAUAUUUUCUAAGAAAUCGGAUAAAAAAGAGUUGUUGACUGGUGGAAAGAUAGUUUGCUUAUUUUUUCAGAAAAAUGUUUGAAGAUGACGAAGAUUUUGAAAAUCUUGAGUUUGCUGCUGGAAUCCUGGAAGAGAAUUCAAGAAAAAAUCCAGGGUCGCCCUUUAAGCCUAUCUUCGAAAAUCAGGCGGCAAUGUUUGAUGACAAUGAGCUCUUUGAGCAAAGUAUUGAUGAAGUUAUGUUCAGUCAGAUGCUAGAUACGAACAAGCAGAAUGUUCAGAAUGUGCAGAAUGUGCAGAAUGUGCAGGGUCCAAAAAAACCUCUUGGAUCAGGAAAACCAGAUGAAGGAAGAAUUGAGUUCAAAAGACCCCUUGAACCAGCUUCAACAUUAAACAGGCCUGGGAUAGUCCAGGGGAAAAGGUCUGGAACCAACGUUCCAUCUCCACCUAAAGAAGGAAAACGAAAAUUCCCUGGUAUUGAAACACAUACAACAUCUCCGCCUAAAGAAGGAAAGCGUAAGUUCCCUGGUCCAGCGGGAAUUCUUCCUAAACUAGCUCCUGGAUGUCGGAAAGUAGUUCCUGAAGAGGACCCUGGAGAAAAAGAUGAAAAAGAGGAACAUGCAGUAUCUUCUCAGGAUAAUGAGGAGGUGGACUUAAGCAGCUGUGUUGUGUGGAGAAAAGCAGUACAGGAGAUGGAUAUGGAUAAGAAAGAUGCCCUGCUGCAUGAGUAUAAUACUGCCUGGAUCCAUGCUAAAUCAAGUUCAGGCACAUCAAAGAAACUUCCCUUCUUCCUCGCUAAGAUUAAAAGUGUUGAUUUGACCAGAAUGGAUCCAUCCUGCUUACUCACAGAUCUCCAGGGCACUGUUUGCGGAAGUAUUCAUAGACAAGUGAUAGAGAAGUAUGGAGACUAUAUUCAUUCCCAGGCUGUACUUGUUCUUCAGGACGUAGCUGUUCUGAUUACUCCAAAAACUUAUUAUGUGAUGAUAACUUUAAACAAUAUUCUCGCUAUAUACAGUCCUAAACAGGUAAAGCAUGUAUGUCGUCUUACUAAACUGGAAUUAGAGAAGGCAGCUUCUGAGCAUCAACAAUUAAGACAGCUCCAACUGGAGGAGAUUCUGAAGGAUGUGGAGGGAGGCGUGCCUGAAGUGCCUAGAGUGCCUAUAGGAGCGCCAAUAGGAGCGCCAGGAGGAGGGGUUGAACUGGAGAAAGCAGUGACUCAAGUUGGAGAACAAUUAAGUACAUAUAACAGAAGUUCGAACAUCAGCUCUAAUUCUUCAUUAAUUGGAUUGCAAAGAAGAGCCAACCCUCCAGUAUCCUCAGCUCAAUCUGGUUUAUCCCAUCUCAAUACUGGCUCAGCUACUUCAUUUCAGCUCAAUUUAUCCGGUUACAACUCAAACUUAAAUUCAUCAGUUCACAGCUCAAACUUAGAUUUAUCAGUUCACAAUUCAAACUCAUUUAAUCAUAAAUCAUUAAAUCAGGAACACUCAGAUAGACAUAAACUCAUUUCACUUCCUCGCCCUUCAAACACUUCACUUCCUCGCGCUUCCAACACUUCACUUCCCCGCCCUUCAAACACCUCACUUCCCCGACCUUCAAACACUUCACUUCCUCGUGCUUCCAACACUUCACUUCCCUGCCCUUCAAACACUUCACUUCCUCGCGCUUCCAACACCUCACUUCCUCGACCUUCAAACGCUUCUCUUUCCCGCGCUUCGAACACUUCACUUCCCAGCUCUUCACACACUUCUCUUCCUUUGAAUGUCAGCUCUCCGAAUCUGACAAUGCCUCCCAGUGAUCAGGAGACCAGUAUUGUCAGAGAAGGAGAAGAGAUUGGGAACGUGUCCCAACCUAGAACAGGUUCACCAACUACAGAUAUAUUCCUAAGGCCAGCUCCUCCUAGUGCAAAGAAAGGAAAGUUUGUGUUCAAACCAUCUGGAGGGAGUUCACAGUCAUCUCAGUCAACUUCACAGUCAAUUAUGGCGCCAAGUCCAACAGUUUUGGCGGGAAAACCUCCUGGCGCUGAUGCCGCAAGUAAAUUCAAAGAAUCUCCUGCUCCCAGUACGGUACAAAAAAGCGGAUGGGGCCAUAUAACCGUGCCUGUACGGGGGACCAGGCUCUCCAAACCAGCAGACAACCAGACUAUAAGCUCGUCACAGGCUCUGAUAGACGAUCUAAUCAGUGAUUUGGACGACGACAUUUUUUCUGGUUUUUGAAAAUAUUUUUGUAAUAUUGUUCAGUAUCUACUCUAAAUUUGUGCAUAUUCAUUGUUAAAAUAUGUUCUAUAUUCUUUAGAUAUUUAUUUUUAUAUCGGAUAUUGUCUAAAUACAGAAUGUAAACUGUCAAA